CUGAAGCCUCUAGUCUACAUAGCUCCUUUUCUUAUCAUGUUAGUAAGCUCAAUCAUUGUUGUUGGACUGCUGAUUGUCUUAACUUUUUUAUUAACAUCACUGCUGAAUACUUGCUCUUAAAACUAUAGCUGUCUAAUUUUCGAUUAAAGUUUGAGUUAAUGCUUACUGUGUAUUAGCUGUAGCUUCUUGAAAUUUGUUUGCUUUCUACUACCGCAGCUUAUCUGUUACUCUAUAAACUAUUAUUUGAGCUAUUUGCCAAUACAUCAAAGUAUCUAUAUACAUAUAUAUAUAUGUAUAUAUAUAUCUCAAUGCCAUGGCAUUCAUUUCUUUUCAAAAUCAUCUUUUAAAGAGAAUGUACAUAAUAUUGCUGAAAAGUAAAUGGAAGAUCCAUUAAUGAUCAGGCCUUAUAAAUUGAACAGUGAUCAUCAACUUACUAUUCUUCUUGUUGAUUCAUUUCUUUGCUGAACCAGAAGUUUCUGCUGUUUAUAUACUUGCUGAUUUGAUAAAGCUGGAACUUGAUUGUCCAUUUCACCCAUCUGAAUGCUUACUUUGACCUUGAUCAGUCUCUUCAACCCUGAUUUUAAUCUUGAAACUUCUGUGAAAGCACUGCUUCCUGUUUUAUGCGAGUGCCAUUAUCUUCAUUAAUAAUUUAGAGUUCAUCAAAUCUAGUUAUAAGUAGCCAUAUUUAUAUUCAAAUGAUUUGACAGUAACUCUGCCAGUACACUGUUUUACAAAAUUUUAUUCAGUACUUACAGCCAAUGGUCAGUGGUCACUCUGAAUUGGCCAUCACCUUGCUCUAGUUAUUUUUAUAUGAUAACUCACCGGUUAUUAUUUUAUGUUUGUUCCAACUACAUCUACAAUAUAAAUUCACACAGCUUCAUAUUGGCUUAAACCUUUUUAAUGCUGUUGUAUUCCUACUGUCAGUUCAAUCUGAAACUUAAGUUAGCUCUCUGUUUAUUAUUUCCUUGAAUCAGCGCUACUGCUGUUAGCUUAGUCAUAUCUAUCUUAAAAUAUCUGUGCAGCUACUGCUGCUAUAUUUUGCCUUGAAAUUGCAUCUCAUAAACACAUGUUUUUAUGUGAAUAUCCUGUCUCAAACUGAUUUCUUGUUAAAUUGUUUAAAUCUUUUAUCCUGUUGCUUAUCAUUUUAGAUCGCUCUCACACUUCAACUCAAAGUGGUAUUUAGAUUUGAUUUACUUUAAAUCAAGGUUACUGCUGUUGUUCUGCCAUUUAUGUUCCUUUCUUUUUAUCACUUGCUUUAAAAUUUGUGCUUGUGGAAAUGCUUUGAUAACUGAUGCUGUCAUAGUUAUCAUUUCUACCAGUGUGCAAUAAUUCUGAUUCCAAAAAUUCAAUAGUAACUCCAACUCCAAUUGCCAAAUUGACCAAAAGCCCUUCAACCAUGUUAAUUUUUCAUCUUUUAGAAUUUAUCCGCACUAACGACUGUGAUUCAAACUGAGUUUUCACUCAAGUUGUUCACUGAUAAUUUCACACUUUUGUAGAUGUUACACCUAUUACUUACCCUUUUAAAGUUAAGGAUGAUGAAGCAUUUGGCAAGUUCAUAAGUUUUCAAAAUUGAUGUCAAACCCAAUUAGAAAUAGCUAGGUAGUGUUUUAAUGCACAUCUUAUUUGAUAACCCCAUGAUCUAUCACCACACUCUUCAAAUGCAAGAGUUUCUUGUAUGAACAAAACAACAUACAUAACAGAUAUAUAUAUAUAGUGUGUGUGUGUGUGUGUGUGUGCGCACGCUCAAUUGAAGAUUUGUUAGUACAACAAAGCUUGUUAAAAGAUGUGCAUCCACAAGAUUGUUAGAUGACAAAAAGAAAAAAAAAAAUGCAACUUUGGAGCGAUCCAACAGUUACAUGCAAUUGUCACACAAAAUCAUUAGCAAGCUUCACAAAAAAUCAAAAUCAAAAUCUACAAAUAAAACUAGCUUUCUUUUUUUUAGUUUCUAGAAGAAAGGCACAUGGUGAAGAUUGAACAAAUGAGAAGCCUUCCAACUCACGCAUGAUGUUAUGCUGUUAAGAAGGUUAUUGGUCACUGUCACAAGAUUUAAUGAUUCUUGGAUACUUAGCAAACAACCCAUGUUUAGUCAUUCGUGAUAGAGACUAGUGUUUGACAGUUUUGUCAUAACUUUCAAAAAUGUUUGGAAUGUACUGGAUAUAAGAAAAAAUCUAAGUUCUGUAAGCCUCUUAAACCGCAUAGGUUUUAACACAAUGUAGGUUUUCUGAAACUCAAGUAGAUAUGCAAUGAUGGUAAUUAACAUGUACUGCAAAAAUGGUUUGUGGAGUUACUGCUGACAUAAGAUCCAGUAAUUAGUUAUGAUGUUAUUUCCUGUCUUUCAUGAGGUUUUGAACAUUUUUUUUUUUUACCAGAUUGAAAAACAUUCAUCACGGGAUCCUUCUUAUAAAGUUUAUGAGCUUGAUGAUGUUUUUUGUGGAGCUCUCCCUCAAAAUGGCGGGAAAUUUAAGGUGCUCCGGCGAAACAUUGGUAUCUCAGCCAUGCACGUAGCCUUGCUCCCCAAUGACAAGCUCAUCAUCUUUGAUCGCACUGACUUCGGCCUCUCUAAUAUCUCCCUCCCGGCCGGACGUUGCCGGGAUGACCUCAAUGAACAAGCUGUCAAACAUGACUGCUCAGCUCAUUCCAUUGAAUUUAACCCCAAGACUCACUCCGUCCGUCCACUCACCGUCCUCACCGACACUUGGUGCUCCUCCGGCGUAGUCUCCGCCGAUGGCGUCCUCAUCCAAACUGGCGGCUUCAACGACGGCGACCACUCCGUCCGGUACUUCUCCCCUUGUGACACUUGUGAUUGGGAGGAGAUAAAAAAUGGUCUAAUCUUAAAGCGAUGGUAUGCUAGCAAUGCCUUGUUGCCGGACGGGAGGAUCAUUGUCGUCGGUGGCCGUGCUCGGUUUGAUUAUGAAUUCAUUCCCAAAGCUUCUGUUUAUGACCUCCCAUUUCUCCGGCAAACUAAAGACUCGUCGGAGAAUAAUCUUUAUCCGUUUCUGCAUCUCUUGCCGGAUGGAAACUUGUUCGUCUUCGCCAACACAAAGUCUAUAGUCUUAGACUUUAAAACAAACAAAGUUGUUAGAGAGUUUCCAGAGAUACCCGGCAAUGCGGCGAGGAACUACCCGAGCUCUGGCUCGUCGGUGCUCCUCCCUCUCUUGCUUAAUAACAGUGAAGAUAUUAAUGGUAUCAAAGCUGAGAUCAUGAUAUGUGGUGGUGCUGAGCCAAGCUCCAACUCUAAGGCCAUGAAAGGAGAGUUCUUGCCGGCCGAUGACACGUGUGGAAGGUUAGUAGUGACAGAGAAGUCGCCGGAAUGGGAAAUGGAGAGAAUGCCGAUGAGUAGAGUGAUGGGAGACAUGGUCUUACUUCCGACCGGCGACAUUCUGAUCAUCAAUGGAGCAGGGAAAGGGACGGCAGGUUGGUGCAUGGGGAGAGAGCCGGUGUUGCACCCGGUGCUCUACUCGCCGGAAAACAAAAUGUUUAAAGUUAUGGAUCCGACGACGAUACCUCGGCUUUAUCACUCGACGGCACAUUUGCUCUCCGAUGGAAGGGUGAUGGUCGGAGGGAGUAAUCCUAAUAUUAAGUAUGAGUUUUCCGGUGUGCUUUUUCCGACAGAGCUUAGCUUGGAGGCUUACUCACCGCCUUAUCUUUUCCGGGGAGGCCGGCCGAGGAUAGUAAUGGUGGAGCCUGGUUUGGAGCUUAGGCAUGGGCAGAGGAUUACAUUGGGGUUUAAGGUGGAGAGAGGAGGAGGAGAUAAGGAAGUGAAGGUGACAAUGGUGGUGCCGGGGUUUACAACACAUUCGUUUACAAUGAAUCAGAGGGUUUUGGUGUUGAAGGUGGUGGCGGUGAAUAAGAUUUCCGGUGAGAGUUAUGCUGUUGAUGCUUUUGUUCCGGCGGCGGCGGUGGUGGCGCCGCCGGGGUAUUAUUUGUUGCAUGUUGUGCAUGGUGGUGUGCCUAGCCGGGGAAAGUGGGUCAAGAUCAAGUAAAGGAGGGAGUUUGGUUUGGUUGAUGUUAGAGCCAUGGUGGGAGACUUGUUUUUUUAAUUUUUUUCUCCCGGUGAUUUAUGUUAAGUGGUUUUUUUUUUAAUUGAAUCUAUAUAUAUUUGUUUG